AUGCAAUUCAAGACCCUCGCUGCUACCGUCGCACUCGGUGCUACCCUUGCUGCCGCCACAGGAUCCCCCGCCAGUCAAUGCAACACCGGUGGUCUCCAAUGCUGCAACAGCACCGGCACCGCCAACAGUGAUGCCAUUUCCAAGAUCCUCGGCCUUUUGGGCAUCGUCGUUCAAGACGUCACCGCCCUCGUUGGUGUCAACUGCAGCCCCAUCAGUGUCAUUGGUAUCGGCGGAAACUCCUGCACCGCUCAACCCGUCUGCUGCACCAAUAACAGCUUCGGCGGCCUGGUCGCGCUUGGUUGCUCCCCCGUCGACCUCAACCUUUGA